AUGACCAGACAGUUGCGCGGAAUCCACGGCACACAGCCCUGGUCGAAGGGGAAAUACGGCGCAGACGCAAUCCUUGACCGAGCCCAGGGAUCAAAACCUGCUGAAGGGUGGGGACUUCUGGGGUGCAGCGUGGAAGAAUAUCCGUGGUCAUCUGGCCGUAAUAGAGAUAUGAAACCCGCAUUGCGGUUGAUUCCCAAGGAUGAGAAUCAGAAGCAUGGCGAUGAUCUUAAUCGGUGGCUUGCGGACUGGGCUUCGAAGGCAGGGGGCGCCUUAAAUCUUGUUGGGCGACCGUUCUGUAUCGAAUUUAUCAAUUCGAAACUAGACGCUAGUAACGACUACGGGUUGUCAUCGGCGGCAGGCACAUUGAAUCGCUGUGCAAUCCCAUAUGGUCCUGAGUUCCUCCUUGUGACAAGUAGCGGCUACGCAACGAGAGAUACCCCGAGCGACUGGGACCCCUGGUUCAACGUCGAUGGAGCAGGGCGACUGAGCGCACACACGAUCCUCAGCAACGCACAGGCGACCCUAGUUGUGGAUCGGCCGCCGAUGUGGUGCAAGAACCCCAGUCCUGGACUGUUGACCUAUAGCAACGACCAGUGGCAGAAGGCCCCUGGUGCAACGCCGAACUCUGCAAUUCCGCCUGAAUCCGCGGCGGGCAAGUCUAUCUCCUGUCAGACCGUGCCUGCAAAUUUCCAAAAGAGGGCAUACGGGCGGCGGAGUAGCAGGGAUGCUCAUGAUGAUUGGAUGGCGGGAAUGGCGCACGACUCGGGAGAUUGGGAAACUUCAAAAGUAUCAUCAAGGGAAUCACAUCUGGAGAUUGACAUGAAGAUGCCGGUGAAGCUUUCUAACCCAAACCAAAACAUCACCGCCCCGGAUAUCAAUCCGGCUGCAGCAGAGGUCUUGGUGAAGCGUCAAGAUAUUCCAUCAGUACUUGGCGGCAGCUACCUCGACAUCAACAUUUACGACUACCUACCAUUCUGCCAGUCCGACGACGACUAUGACCCAUGCUAUCUGUCGCAGUGCAACUACUACGACACAGAUGGAGACAUGGUUGGCGACGUGGGCAGCGGAUCCGCCACUACCAGUAGUACCACGUCGCCAACUUCUACCACCACAUCUACGGCCUCGACACCUAGUGUAACCUGUACUGAUUCAUGUCUCUCGCCCGGCGACUGCUCUUGUAACUGCUCCAACGGCGGUGUUUAUGUUGACACCUGUGCGGACUGGUGCUGUAUUACUUCUGCUGGGGCUACGUAUGAGUAUUACUGGCUAUGUGGAUCAGACUUGUCGCAGUCUUGCCCUCUAUAA